CUCAAAGUGCUGGGAGUACAGGUGUGAGCUACCACUCCCAGCCAAAACAUUUUUUAAAUAUAGGUAGGUGGUAACUUAUAUUCGGAAAAAGCCUUGGUAUAACUUGAAGCUUUCUGAUCAGAAGAUGGUAUAGAUAAUGACUUAUUUAUCCAAACAAGUGAUAUUUGGAGUUUAUAACAGCAUGAACCACAGAAUCUUGAGGUUCUUUUUCCAAGGGGUUCUGUCUACUCAAAUGUGCAGGUUCAAUUGAUAGUAACUGUUGGCCAGUAAAAGAAUCAGGAACUUUUUUUGAUAAACAAAUGUAAGGGCAUUAAAGGUUUGCAGAGACUCAGAAUGAAUCUAAAUGUUCUGAAUAAAUUGAUACCUUCCUCCAGGUUGUUAUAUGUGGAUGGUUGAAAGCAUCAUUUCUCACUGUUUCAAUGUGGAUUAUUCCUCUUUGUCUGUUUUGGGACAUCUUAAUUGACAUGCUCUGAAUAUAAGAGUAAGUAGGGGACAAUAGCAAUGAAAAUUGCACACUUACUAUAUUUUAAGCAUUAUGCUGGUGCUUUACAUACACCUCAUUGAAUCUUCACAAAGCCAUAUACAUUGGUACUAUUAUCCCCAUUUUACAGACGAGGAAACUGAGGCAAAAGAGUAACAUGUCCGAGGUCAUAGAGCUAGUGAAUGGAUAAGUGAGGAUUCAGGAAGACCAUGAUACAGUGGUCAAGAGAAAGGUUGGUCAGCCUUGUCAAGUGCUUCAAAGAUCAAAGAAAAUGAAAACAGAAGUUGGGUUGGUGGUUGAGUGCAUCCCUGACCUUUGAAAACCUGUGCCACUAAGGUGGGGAAAGCCAGUAGUUGCCUUGAUGGGCCGUGCAGUGAAUGGGUAGUGAGUCUAUAGUCAGGGCAUCAAGUAGAAGACUGACUUCAAAAGUUUGGCAGUCAGGAAGAAUUGAAAUAGGAUGGUAGCUGGAGAGGUGAUGGGGCCAGUGAAGCUUUUUUCCUCUGUUGAGAGAUCUGUUCUGACCAUAUCUGAAGGCAGUGGAAGAACUUGAUGGCAAGGGAGAAAUUGAAAAUUUCUGUAGUAGUGUUAAGAGUUAUCACAUUGAAUGCUCACGGUGUGCCAGGUACUGGGAGAAGCAUAUUUUCUAUUCUAUCUUAUUUACUCUGCAUAGCAGUCCUGGGAAGUAGAUAGUCAAAUGCCCUUUUACAGAUGAGGAAACAGAGGCUUAGAAUUGAAGCACCUUGCCCAAGCUCAGACUGCUCUACUGAUUUAUAUAGUUUUGGUAUUUUUUUUUCCCUCAGAGACAGGGUCCUUGCUCUGUCACUCAGGCUGCGGUAUAGUAGUGUGAUCAUAGCUCACUGCAGCCUCAACCUCCUGGGCUCAAGCAAUCCCCCUGCCUCAGCCUCCUGAGUAUCUUGGAUUAUAGGCAGGCACUAGCAUGCCCAGAUAAUUUUUUGUGUGUUUUGUAGAGAUGGGGGUCUCACUGUGUUGCCCAGGCUGGUCUCAAACUUCUGGCCUGAAACGAUUUUCCUGCCUUGGCUUCCCAAAGGGCUGGGAUUAAGGCAUGAGUCACAGUGCUUGGCCUAAUUUAUGUAGUUUUAAACUGAGGUUUGUCAAGUUACAUCAUAGAUGUAAUUGAGUGAGCACAUUAUAGGGGAGAUAGAGUCUGAGAAGAGAAGUGCCUUUUUUCCACUGAGACCAGAAGGAAGGAUUCCUGAAUUCAGAUGGAGAGAGGAAGAUGGAUCCUUAUUUAAGUACAUGCGUUGUGCCCAGUGUUGGGCUCCAUGCUGCUCCUUGCCCCUUGCAUGUGGAGAGGUCCAAAUGUGAACUGUGUUGACAGCACUGGCUACACACCCCUGCACCAUGCUGCUCUGAAUGGCCAUAAGGACGUGGUUGAAGUUCUUCUGAGGAAUGAUGCGCUGACCAAUGUGGCUGACUCUAAAGGCUGUUACCCUCUGCAUUUGGCAGCCUGGAAAGGAGAUGCCCAGAUAGUGAGGUUGCUCAUCCAUCAAGGGCCUUCACACACCAGAGUCAAUGAACAGAAUGCUCUUGAGAUCAAAGAAUUCAAAAAGUACGGCCCCUUUGACCCUUAUAUCAAUGCCAAGAACAAUGACAACGAAACGGCCCUGCAUUGUGCAGCACAGUAUGGCCACACGGAGGUGGUGAAGGUGCUCUUAGAGGAGCUUACGGACCCUACCAUGCGCAACAACAAGUUCGAGACACCUCUGGACCUGGCAGCACUUUAUGGGCGACUGGAGGUGGUGAAGAUGCUCCUCAAUGCGCACCCCAACCUCUUGAGCUGUAACACUAAGAAGCACACCCCUCUGCACCUGGCAGCAAGGAACGGCCACAAAGCCGUGGUCCAGAUCCUCCUUGAUGCUGGCAUGGACAGCAACUACCAGACGGAGAUGGGCAGUGCUUUGCAUGAGGCUGCUUUGUUUGGCAAGACCGAUGUGGUGCAAAUCCUGCUGGCUGCAGGAAUUGAUGUCAACAUAAAAGAUAACCGUGGACUGACUGCUUUAGACACUGUCCGGGAGCUGCCUUCUCAAAAGAGCCAGCAGAUAGCAGCACUAAUUGAAGAUCAUAUGACUGGAAAAAGAAGUGCAAAAGAGGUGGAUAAAACUCCCACACCCCAGCCACCUCUCAUCUCCAGUUUGGACUCCGUAUCACAGAAGUCUCAGGGUGAUGUGGAGAAAGCAGUGACUGAACUGAUUAUCAAUUUUGACACAAAUGCUGAAGAGGAGGGUCCCUAUGAGGCGCUGUACAACGCUGUCUCCUGCCAUUCGUUAGACAGCAUGGCCAGCGGGCGAUCGUCUGACCGAGACUCCGUGAACAAGGAGGCCGAGGCAGCAGGAGUGAGAACUGCUGGAGUGAGGCCUAGGGAACGUCCACCACCUCCAGCAAAGCCACCACCUGAUGAAGAGGAGGAAGACCGAAUAGAUAAGAAGUAUUUUCCCUUGACAGCUUCUGAGGUUCUGGCCGUGAGACCCAAGAUUCAGGGGAGUGCGGCCAGGGAAGAGGAUGAGCACCCUUAUGAGCUGUUGCUAACGGCAGAGACAAAGAAGCUGGUAUCAGUGGAUGGAAAAACAAAAGACCACAGGCGGAGCAGCAGCAGCUGGAGCCAGGACUCUGCGGAGCGGCAGGACGGGCAGGUCCCAGAGCAGUUCUCAGGUCUCCUCCACGGCUCCUCCCCAGUGUGCGAGGUGGGGCAGGACCCUUUCCAACUGCUCUCUGCCACUGGCCAGAGCCAUCCAGACGAUUCUCCCCAGCAGGGCGCCUGCCACGAGGCCAGCAUGCAGCUGGAGGAGACGGGUGUGCAUACUCCUGGAGCUCCCCAGCCCAGUAUCCUAGACCAGAGCAAGAGAGUGGGCUACCCAGCGGGCCUGCCCACCACCAACAGCCGAUCACACCCUGAAACUUUGACUCACACAGCAUCUCUGCACCCUGCUGGUGCUGAAGAAGGAGACCGGAGCGGGGCCAGAAGCCGAGCCCCUCCCACCAGCAGACCCAAAGCUGAACUCAAACUCAGCCGCAGCUUAUCCAAGUCUGACUCUGAUCUCCUGACCUGCUCACCCACGGAGGACGCUACCAUGGGGAGCCGGAGCGAGUCUUUGUCCAACUGCAGCAUCGGGAAGAAGAGGUUGGAGAAGUCGCCCUCCUUUGCCUCGGAGUGGGAUGAGAUUGAGAAAAUCAUGAGUUCUAUCGGAGAAGGGAUUGACUUUUCUCAGGAACAGCAGAAGAUCUCAGGUUCGCGGACGCUGGAGCAGAGCGUGGGGGAGUGGCUGGAGUCGAUUGGGCUGCAGCAAUAUGAGAGCAAGUUGCUUCUGAAUGGCUUUGACGAUGUCCGCUUCCUGGGCUCUAACGUGAUGGAAGAGCAGGACCUGCGGGAGAUCGGCGUCAGCGACCCACAGCACCGGCGGAAGCUGCUGCAGGCCGCACGCUCCCUGCCCAAGGUGAAGGCUCUGGGCUAUGAUGGGAACAGCCCCCCUUCGGUGCCCUCCUGGCUGGACUCGCUGGGGCUGCAGGACUACGUCCAUUCCUUCCUGUCCAGCGGCUACAGCUCCAUCGACACUGUGAAGAACCUCUGGGAGCUGGAGCUCGUCAAUGUCCUCAAGGUCCAUCUGCUGGGCCAUCGCAAGCGCAUCAUCGCCUCCCUGGCAGACAGGCCGUACGAGGAGCCGCCCCAGAAGCCCCCGAGGUUUUCCCAGCUCAGGUGCCAAGACUUGCUCUCGCAGACGUCGUCCCCCCUGAGCCAGAAUGAUUCCUGCACAGCGCGGUCAGCAGACCUGCUGCUGCCUCCUGGGGACACUAGCAGGAGGCGCCACGACAGCUUUCAUGACCCUGCAGCACCCUCUCGAGCAGAGCGCUUCAGGAUCCAGGAAGAGCACCACGAGGCCAAGCUGACCCUUCGGCCCCCCAGCCUGGCUGCGCCCUAUGCCCCCGUGCAGAGCUGGCAACACCAGCCAGAGAAACUCAUCUUUGAGUCCUGCGGUUAUGAAGCCAAUUAUCUGGGCUCCAUGCUGAUCAAAGAUCUGCGAGGGACAGAAUCCACACAAGACGCCUGUGCCAAGAUGCGGAAGUCAACUGAGCACAUGAAGAAGAUCCCCACCAUCAUCCUUUCCAUCACAUACAAAGGGGUCAAGUUCAUUGAUGCCUCCAACAAGAACGUCAUCGCCGAGCACGAGAUCCGGAACAUUUCCUGUGCGGCCCAGGACCCGGAGGACCUCUGUACCUUUGCUUACAUCACCAAGGACCUGCAGACCAGCCACCACUAUUGCCACGUGUUCAGCACAGUGGAUGUGAAUCUGACGUACGAGAUCAUCCUGACGCUGGGACAGGCAUUUGAGGUGGCCUAUCAGUUGGCCCUGCAGGCCCAGAAGUCCAGGCCGAUGGGGGCAUCUGCAGUUGAGAUGAUUGAAACAAAAUCUUCCAAACCGGUGCCUAAGCCUCGGGUCGGCAUGAGGAAAUCCGCAGUGCCGCUGCCCUCUGAUAGUCGCUGUUGUCACUGUCACACCUGCACCACCCACCGUCCUUCCUACCUACCGCUGCCGUCUCUUAGUCCUGGAGUCAAGCUGGAACCGCCUGAUACGGACCAAGAUGCCCAGUCCCACGCCAGUGUCUCCUGGGUUGUGGACCCAAAACCAGACUCUAAGCGGAGCCUCAGCACCAAGUAUGAGACCACUAUCUUCUAAAACAACCCACUCCCUGUCUCCACUAGUCUCACUGUGCCUUUGUCACCCCGUCCUUCUGCUGUCCUCAACUCUCUCCUUCCAGCUGCUGGCGCCAGGGCCACCUCCACUGGGACCCGCUCUGCUCCUGGCAGCCGCUCUAGACGCUGCACUCGUAGCUCUCGUACCUAACUCCACUGAACACUGUGAAUUCUCCCCCUUGAGCGGAGGACAGCUUGGGGGGGUGAGUUGCCUUUGAGGUGGGCACCAAGAGGGCUAGGGCUCAGUGGCACCCAGGAAGCCCCCGCAGCAGGCACUGUGAAUCCUGAGAGUAGGGAAGUCUUCAAGCAGAGUCCAAACGGCACCACUGAUCCUCCCUCUGAGUGGGCCGGGCUCUGCGGCCCUCCUCCUGUCUGCUGUACUCGGCCACGGCGGGGUGCCGCUGCCCAGAGCCGCCUGUCUGUUUCACCUUUCCUGACACAACCAACCACUGUGACCACCCAGUGCCAGAACCCCCCAGCGCUGUGCUCACGGCUGGCCUGCAGCCCCGCCCUGCCCUCCUCUGCUGCUGUCUGGUGCUGGCCUCGCUCUCCUGGUCAGGCCUUGUGAGACCCUGAGCUCAGUGAUGUGGCCUGACCAGGGACAGACUGCUUUCUGUGAGGGCCCAAGGUUCGCGCCAGGCCCUUGGGCACAUGCUGACACCAAAGUGGGGCUCUGAGCAUCUGGACACCCACAGGCUGGCUCCACUCGGCAGCUUUCUCAGUCCCAAUGGGCCUUCCAUUCCAAGGAAUGGGGUGGCACACAUGUGGCUGGUCCCUCGUGUCUUCGCUGUUGAGUCACAAAGUCUGGAAGCCCUGGGCCUGGCUCUGGAGUCUGGCUCGCCAAGGAGGAAGGCCUUGCCCCGUGUGCACGAUGCUCCUUCUUCCCUCAGAACAGCUGCCUGAGGACAGGGACCAGCACCAAGCAACCUCACUGUUCUCCAGGAGCUGCUCCUUCUCCACGGUGUGGGGUCAGAGAUAGUCAGCCCUUCCCUGCUCGGCCUGCCUCGGCCUCCCGCCUGCUCCGAGGGGAGAGGCUGUGCCGUCCGUCCCAGCCCGAAGUUUAGCAGCUGGGAGGGUGGAGCUGAGGCGCUGGAGAAGCCCCACGUUCUCUCUCUCGCACGGGCAAGUCAGUUUAGAUGCAGGAGGCAGGAAGGAAGCACUCCCCGUGGGAAGCAGUGCACGGGUAGCAUAGUCCAGUGGGAAAGCCAGAAGUUACAGCGAUUAUUUUGGAGCUGAAACCCAAGUUGAUAAACCUGGGCGGGGCCUGCCUGCCUGUCCUUGUGCCUUCCUGCGCAGACUCGCUGGGCCAGAGGCGGCAGUGGGCGGUGGGCUGCGGGUGCUCAGAGCAGGCUGUGGGUCCUCAAGGGAGGCUGUGAGCACCUUCUGUCCUGCUCUGUUUCCUUUCCGUUUCCUGCACUUCAUGCAGGCCCUUCGGUUAACCCUUUCCUCCCCCGUUGUUUGCUUCUGCCAAGCUGAGCCAUGAGGAGCCACCCUGUGCUGCGGAAACAUAGCCGUGGGGAGCACAGGCUCCCACCGCCGCUGCUGCCGUCUCACCUGCAGCUGAGAAGACCCAGGCCCCACCGCUGCCGGUAGGACCUCCUUUCAGCCGCGCGGCCUGGGCCUGCCUCCACCAGGUCUUGCGGAGUGGGCCCUGCCCUGGCUGCAGAGAAGCACUCCAGGCCUCUGGCAGAGGAGACUGGAACUCCAAAGGGUCGAGAAGUGACUUAUGCAGAACAUUUUUUUUUAAUAGAAAAAAUCUUUUUAUAAAAUGAACUUUUACACUUGGCUCAAACCUCUAGGUCAAACUGCCAGUCUUUAGACAAGUGGCCAUAGCGUUAGGGGACAGGGGAACUGAGAUUGGUUAAAAGGCCAGUCUGUGCAGCCCCCUGUUCUCAGGAUGGGACCUUGGCGUGGCCCAGCAGGGCUGAAGAGAAGGCACGGCCUGCGGGUGAGUUGAGAGGAGCAGGCUCAGGGGCCGAAUCGAGUAGGCUAGUGAGAGUCUGCUUUCCAAAUUCAGCCAAGUUAGUUAAUGUUCUUUAUGAACUGCCUAACUUCCUGUCCCUGUGCAGAGCUGGACAAGCUCCUCAGUUAAGAACACAGCCUUGGAGGCACCUGGGCAAAAGCAAAGGCUUCCAGUCCAUUCCUGGGGUUCCAAAUGUGAAGGUCCCGUGGCCAAAUGUGGAUGAGGGGCAGUUUCUGGUGCCAUGACAUCCAGCGCUGGGAGCUGCAGGUCUCCAUCCGGUGGUGGUCAGAGCACUGCCCUGGGCGGCUGGCCCACACCUCUCUGGUGACAUACUGCCUGAGUUGCACCAGAGAGAAAAAGCAGCUUUGUUUUGGGCAUUAAUGGGUAGGUCAGCUAAGAUUGCUACUUGCCAGUUUGUGAUUUGUCUAAUCAAGUCAGUGUGAUUAGGGCUCGUUUUGAUUCUCUGAAUUAUUGGUUUGAUAUUAUAUUCUCAGCUGCUAGGCUAAUCCCUGGGUAGGUGUAGAAAAGGUGACAGUCCAUUGAUUCUACCCCAGUGUGGCCUUCAGGGAUGCUAGCAUCCUAGGGCACCACUGCUUGAAGCUUCCUGCUGCCUUGCUUUGCUUUUAAAAGUAAUGGGUUGUGUUCUUCCUCCUGGACCAUAGUAGAAAGGAAGGCGCUAAUUCCUGUGGUGUUGAGAGGCAAAGCCAGGUCGGCUGUGUGUCUGGUACCUCCCAGGGCAGGGAGCAGAGAGGAGCAUCUCCUCCCAUGGGUACUUGAGCAGGCCUCCUGCUUCACUGGCACAGUUCAUUCUGGUCUCAGGGUGAAUAUUCCAGGCUUCAGCAACACUGCUCUUUCCUAGCAAAGGUUAUGACUUUAAAUUCUUUGUUGGUGUGUGUGCAGAGAGAGUAUUCUUGGGCACAUUCACAACCCCCAUGGUCGGCCAGAAAUCAAAAGCUGGGUGGUUUCUUGCAGCUGACUUCGGCUGGGCCUGCGGGUUUCCUGUCUGCCAAGCGUCCAGCACGGCAGGGCCGGGAUGCAGCGCUGCCCUGCAGUGGGGCAGGUCGUCCUCCGCUUCUUGGUACUAAACUAGGACCUCAGCCCCUUCCACUUCCUGCUUCUUUCAGGGCCUAUGAGGAUUCCCAUGAGCUAACACUGUACAGUAUUCAGCCCCUGCUUGCUUCCAGAAGCUGACCAGGACCUAGAGCUCUAGAGUAGAUGGUGCUGCUUCUGCGCUGCACCUGUGCAGGUGCCCUUUUUCCUCCUAAGGAGGCCAAGCCACGUGGAAGCCGGCCUCUGUUGGAGGACGGCAGGUCCAAAAACAAAGCUGUACAGACACUACGAUAAGUUGCUCAAGCUGUCUUUUGUUUUUAGAUCAUACAUAGGUGUUUCUUCCCCUUGAAGCUGCUAUAUCUUCUUUAUUUAUUCAGGGUGUUUUCAUUUUGGCAAGCCUUGGCUAGUCUGCUCUGGCUCUGGGUUUUAAGAUUGGUUUAUUUCUGAAUAUUUAAGAAGGAAAGUGACUGAAUCUUUCUUUUCUACUCCUCCUCUGGGGCAGGUACUUUCCCUUCCCUAGAAAAGUUAUUGUAACUUUAAGGACAGGCUUCAAGUGGAAAAGCCCCUAAUUUUGCACUUCUCUAAGUGCAGGUCAUGCAGUGUGGCAAACCCUGUCGCUGCGUUUCUGAACUGUGAAGGAGCCCGUUUAGGUGGGAAGCUUAAAAUGGGUCCGUGCCCAUCCCUGGCCACAGGCUCCUUGCUGGCCUCUCCUCUUCUGCUUGGCAGCUGCUCUGUGCGGCGGGACUGUCCCCCGACAGGCUCUGCAUUUGCAAUGCUCCGCAUCCCUCUGGGGCCACCAGCCUUACCUACCGGGGGAGUUCCUUCAGAAGCCUUGGGUUUGAGCAGGCAGCAAGCAUGGUUGCAGCUGUCAUCGGGACAUUAGAAAACCAGUCUGAACUUGGUCUGUUUGGAGAUGCCCAGGCCUGUAGAAUGCAGUUCACAAAAGUAUUGUUGCUAAUGGUGUGGCAAUGGGACUGAAUUGUAAUAAAAAUGUUAUUUAAUCUUUGUCUCUGUAUUUUGAUACUUGAAUGACUUCUUUUGUUUUACUGUACAUAUAAUUGUUAAUCUGUCUGAUUUUGUCUGAAUUAUAAACAUCUGAAGGUACCAAACAUAACCAAUCUGUGCAACAACAUAGACUGACCUCACUACACAAGAGAGAGUGUAAAUAUUCCUGGGCUUCCAGCUUUGGUUUUGUUAUUUUCAUAACUGUACAACUUAGAACAGACCGAAUUAAUAAAUGAGAAACAACAUAAAACCAGCCUUA